AUGCGAGAAUCCCGCCGCCGGAGCCCGGAAAACUCCAGGAGGCCGAGGCGCGAGAGCAGACGAGGCUCGGGUGAGCGCUUGACGAACCUGCCGCCGAUGCCGAUGCCUGUGUCCCCAGGCGCUUACACGAAUUCGCACACCGACACCUACGCCAGCACCAACCUCCCACCAUCACCACUUCCUCCGCCACCGACGUCGACGUCGACGAUGACGAUGACGGCGACAACGGCGACGGGCGCGAUGCCCCACGGUCAGGACCGACGCCAGAGACAUUCCUCUCCGCCACGUCAGAGUCGCCGUCAGCGGCCCCGUGCCCCCUCCAGCGUCCACUCGUCCUCGAGCUCCAUCUCGUCGUCGUUUCUCGACAUAUCACGACACUACCCCCACACGAGCCGUUUCGGCGGCCUCUUCACCGCCUUCUUCCGCGCCCCAUCCGAGAGGUCGAGACGAAGCCGUCGCAGGAGCGCCGGUCCGAGAAAGCGCCGCAUUCUGUACUUUGGCAACUCGUCUUCGUCGUCGGUCAACUCCGACCUCGCCUACGGAAACGGGUACAUUGCGAACCCCAAGAGCGCCCGCAACCGCAGCCCCAGACGCUCGGCCGCCGGCGCCUCCAACGUCGCCGCGGCCGCCUCCUCCGCCGGCUCGACCCAAUACUACCAGCAGCAGCCGCAGCAGCCGUUCUGGGGGGCGGCUGAUGACUUCAACCGCAGCGGCACACGCAAGGCUCAGACCGAUGAGGAGAUUCUGGAAAUCGGCCGCCAGCUGCAGGAUUUCGCCCGCAAGCAGAAUGAACACGACCUCAGAACCGCCAGCCGGGCUCGGCCGGCUGCUGGCCUCAUGGCUGCCGGCGCCGCCGCAGCAGUAGUCCGUGACGGACAAAGGAGGAAGCGUCAUGGAGCCUCCAGCCGCGGCAUCGGAAGCUCGAGACCACACACCGGCUCUUCUGCCGACGAGUCGGACUGGGAGUCGGCCUCGGAGGACGAGUCGAGCGACGACGCCGACUCGGAACUCGCGUACGGCUCGGUUGUGUCGCACCCAAUUCGACCAGCCGCUCCAUCCGCCAUGGCCUCCGGCCUCGCCGGGCCGUCCACGAGUAGCAGGCAGAGCUCCAUGGUAGACCCCCGCCUGUUCGGUCCCGUGAACUCGCUGCGUGGGCUGGUGACCCCCCAACCCUUCGGACCCGACGGCACUGCCGUUCCCUCUGGCCAGCAUGAGAGUUUCAACAGACUUCGACGCGCCGACACGGAUCCCGUUCGCGCGACCUCUACCAAGAAGGACUACUCCUCCCAGACGCGUCAUGCACGAAAUUUCAACGCCACCACGGCACCGACAACCUCUACGCCACGGGACCUGCCCUAUCGUCCCCGUGCCGAACCGCUUCCUCUUCAGCAGCCGGUGCCGCUAACCCCGGUGUCGCCCAGCCUCUACGAGACUGGGAAGCUCGAAGGCGUGAGCGGAGGAGAGACCCGAGACGCCCGCCCGCUGUCCGGAGACAAGAACGCCAACGAGGUUUCGUUUGCUGGCAUUGCCGCCGCCGCCGCCACCGCCGCCGCUCUGGCUUUCGAUCGGCGGCAGCGCCGAGAUGGUCGGAGGGCCAGCCGCAAAGCGAUUGAUACGGAUGGCAGAGCGAGUGAGAAACGACGAAGCAGCCACGGUCGUGAUGAUGAGAAGCGAGACCAUGACCGCCGUGCGGAUGACAAGGACUCGAACCGCUGGCGCAGGGAGUCGGAUGCGCAAAAGGAGAAGCGCAUGUCCAAGCCAGACUCGUAUGCUCCCGGGAACGCCGACGACGGGGACCGCAAGUGGACUUCACGCUCCGAAUGCCAAGACGACGCCCGGACGUGGCGUGAGACUGCCGUGGACGCGUACCAGGAACCCGGCCGUAGCGGUCGUGAUAUUCUACGAGAACUUCAUGAUGCUGGAGCCGGAAAGGUCGACGAAGAUGCCGCCCUGAAAGCCCAAUUCGCUCCCGAGCGCCCCUUGACGCCGACUAUUAUUACGGUGGAGCGAGAGCCCGUCUUCGAUGACAUGCCUGUACGGCCGGCGAAGCCUGCGAUGCGGCAAAGCCGCAUGGAUUCGUUCGAGAUCGACGGCAUGCCGGAAAACGCAAAGAGCCCUCGAGGUGCGGAUUCACAUGCUGCGCCCCGCCGGCGUUACAGCUACGAGGAGGAGGAGCAUGAGGCCAAGGGCCUUUAUGACGAGAUCAGGCAGUCGACCAUCCCCGUCGGGGUAGCGGCAGUCGCAUCUGCCAUCGCCGUCGAGGCAGCUCGGUCCCGCGAGCGGCGUCGUGAUCAGUACUCAGACGACGGCUCCCGCGAGCACUACGAGAGCGUGGAUGUCGUUCAGGAGGAAGCGAACCGCCGUUUCCGCGAGGCCGCCAUUGCUCGAAAGAUCGCCGAGGAUGAGGUGCGCUCUCGGAGCCAUUCGCCCGAUCGAUCCGUCCUCGACAAGUACUCCGGGGAUGACGCAACCAACGAAAGCGCAAUCGUUACACCCCCAGAGUACGAGGAUAGCCACAAAGGGAGGAAGAGCCGCUACGAUGCGCCAGACGCUGACGUCCGCAUUGAUAACAAAAUUUACCCCCAGGAAAUCCCCCGAUUCCGCGCCACUGGCAGUGGCGGGGAUGCCUCGUUCUCAUCCCGAGAUCCAUCCUGUGAGAGGGAAAGGCCUUUGCUGAACCUCGUGUUUCCCACACCGAUAUCUAGUCGACAUACCACGCCGAGUCCCGAAAACCUACACCGCGGUGAUGGCAAGGAUGGCGCAGGAGAUCGUCGUGAAUCCUCUUCCCGCCAGUUCGAGCCUGCCAAAGAUGUUCACGUGGCCGAGGGAGAACCCCAGGGUGACCAAGUGCAGUCCGGUGUCGCCAAGUCAGUAACAUGGGGCGAGAACUCGACCAAAACGUUUGCAGUCAUGACACCUGAGCCCAGUCCUGAUUUUCGACCAUCAUGGGAGCAAUCCGAGGACGUGGAGCGGCCGCACCUUGACGAGACGAACAAAAGGGGCACGGACAUGAUUGAAAGAGCCCAUGGCACAACCAGCAUCGAACCGGCCAACGAGCCCGAGGAAGACUGGUCUCCCAAGGCUAAACCUCCCGCGUUUGAUACCACAAGCCCCGACCAGCCGUUUGAGCAUGUGUCAAGUGCUGUGCCACCGAUCCCUGGCCCGAAACCUUCUGGCUCUUUGCCGAACAAGAUGCCCGGGGCCUUUGCCGAUGAUAUCGAGUUUGCGGCAACCCUCGCCGCCGGACUGCAGGACACUGGCUUUGACCCUAACAUCGUCAUCGACGACCCUGCCUACCGGAGACGCGGUUCUCCUCCAGGAGAGAGCGGACCAACCGGGGACAGUUGGAGCCGCGAGGAGGCCAGGCCUGUCGCAGCCGAGAGCGCGAGGGGUGUCCCCGUCGACAGUUCCACCAUGCCCGAGCUGGGGUGCGUAAUCGCUGAACCUGGGACGGCUUGGGAUACCCCGAUUGUGCGUACGGAGGAACCGGAUGUUCCGGCGAAGCUCAGCAAGAAGGAGAAAAAGAAGCUGGAGAAGCUGAAGCGACAAUCCGCAGAAUUGCCCGAACCAGGGCCUCUCGAGUCGGAGACUCCCCCCUCCGAGAGCACGACCGGACCCCUCCGAGGUCUCAGCAAGAAAGAGCAACGCAGGCGUGAAAAGGAAUUAAGGACGCUGGCUCUUCUGCAGGGCGACGAGGUAGCCGGCAAUGCCGAAAUCGAGCCCCUAGAAGCUCACGUUGUUGGUGACGACCAGUGGGAGGAAAGCGGACGAUCAAAAUCCAAGAAGAACAGGAAAAGCAGAGACCUUGAGGAAGACGCACCCUCAAAGGUUUCUGUUCCUGUCGAUGAAUUUGACGACCUGCAGUCCCUCAGAAAGUCCGAGCCCGACGACGAAUGGAUGGGCUCCAAGAAGUCCAAAAAGAAGUCCAAGAGGAGCACCGAUUUGUAUGAGUCCGGUUCCCGUGCACCGUUUGACGGGUCCACCAGCAGCCGAAGUAGCAAGUCGAAACGGAGCGGUGCCAUGGACGACGACAACGACGAUGAAGUGGAUGCCAUUAAGAGUGGCCCCCCGGAUCGUGCCCUGCCUGCGCCGUUUGAGGACAGGGACGUGAGUUCGGUUGUGUCGGAAUCUCGCGCAGAGGUCCAGAAACGGGGUAAGCGAGAGAAAAGGAGGUCGUCGCAGUACGAAGAUGACGACGCCAAAUCUGUAGCUUCGGCCCCAGGUUCGUCGUACAAAGUCGAGGACGAGCAAUGGAAGAAACGUGAUGGCAAGAAACCAUCCCGAAAAAAUGAUCAUGAUGAUGCUGGAUCUGUUCCUUUAGCACCGAGCCCGUCCCGCCGCGGCAAAGAUGAGGACGAAGGGAUGUCCUCACGAUACGACGAUGACAGCAGGUCUAUUGCUUCAGCGCCCGGCUCGUCUCGCCAGAGCAACGGCGCCGAGGAAAAGGGAUCCACAGGAAUUUUCUCGAGCCUCCUCAAAUUAGGCGGCAAAGAUGAAAAGAAGGAGUCUUUUUUAGAUAAUGCCGGCACCCCUGGCGCGGGUGUCGGCUUUGCGACUGUCGCCGCCGCCGCCAUUCUUACGGCCAGUCGCUCCAAUGCCGCCGAUGACUCCUCGGAAAAGGAGCACAACUUCCCAGAUGACGCCGAAGCAGUGCAGGAAACCGGCGUUAUUGAUCCUGAGGUUGCCGCUAGAGCAAUCAAGCCAGCCAUUGAUCCCCAGUAUGGCGAUCUCCUUCCGCUCCCCCCCAGCGAGCCAGCGAGCCCAAAACCCACACCCGAAGAGCUGCCAAGCCUCCCAAGCAGCCGACCAGAUACGCCUCCGGAUGAGCGCAACCUGAAGCGCGACUAUGAGACCCGUCGCCGACGCAGCAUUCAGGAAACCCCAAUCAAGUCUCCUAGCAGCACAGCCAUCCCCAUAUCCCUGCGAAUAGGCCAGAGGGGAGGUCCCGCCACCCCUAUGUCCGCUUCGUUGAGAUCCCCAAUGGGAUCUCCCAUGGGCACCCCGGACUCCGCCUCUCGCCGACAGGCUCGCAUCUCUUGGGAUAGCAGCCGAGAGAUCAAGCCCUUGUACCUCCUGGAGCAUGCGAGGCACAAAUCUGCCGACAACGUCCCCCAUGGCCCUAGUCUUCCCGAGCUCCCACUAAGCGAGCCAUCAGACCGGGACUCACCCGCACCAAGGUGUGAGGAUCCGGAGGCUAGCGGCGAUAAUGUGCAUCAGAGCAUCGGUGACGAUGACAUCGCUGACGUGGGAUUUCGAAUUGAUACGAACUUGGCACAGACAGCACUUGACCGCGACCUUGCGGGAUCACAGGAGACGACGCCCAGGGCUGGGGUGAAGCCUGAAACUCCAGGCCAGUUCCCGCUCGAGAAUGAAGAGAGUCAGUCGAGCAAUUAUGCUGAACCUGAUCCCAUUGAGUCGAUGUCCAAGGAUAGAAGCUCGUACUUGCUUCUUUCCACGCCGUCAUCGGUCGGAUCCAUGAGAGUCACCGAUGACGAAGGCCUCGCCCAAAAUCCCUGGGAAUCAUCCCCCUCGAAGCUUGGCAAGAGUACCGCAUUGCACGACAUUCUCGAAGACUUGCCAUCGGCGGACGAGCACUUUUCUGAUGCCCGGGAAGCAUCGCCAGAGGACGUAUUUGAGGAGGCCCGAGAUUUUCAUGAUGCACCAGCCUCGCAGGUGCUUCCUUGGAUGGACUCUCUCAACCAAGAGGCAGGACCAGAGCCAACGAGAUCUGCGGCUACCGAAACAGUGGACCCCGACGGAUGGAGAAGCAUGACAAGAAGGGAGAAGAAAGGGAAGGCAAAGAAGGCUCUCCAGAGCAGGGAAAUGAACUUGGCCGAUGAUACCGUGGCUGAUGAUUCUGGAACAGCAACCAACAUUGCUGGAGACAUGCCAACAGUCGAUCAUUGCACUAUUCAACCAGAGCUGCCUCAGGAUGCUUUCAAGUCACAAAAGAAGGGCAAGAAGGGCAAGAAGGGCAAGAACAAACAAUACUCCUGGGACGACGAUCUUGGAGACAAGCCUGCUGAGGAAUCUCCCAAGCCGGAUAAUAUCGACACGGCCGACAUGUUAGUGGCCCAUGAUGAUCCACUUUCUAAAGGGCACGAAGCCAUACGCUCGACAGGAGAUGAAGAUGCACCACCACGGGCACUUCACGAUGACGAUGUGCCUAGAGAUGAUAGUGUGACAUUAGAUGGCCCUACUUAUGAGGUCGACACGGCUGUCGCCGCAGACUCUGCAAUACCGUCGACGUCUGAACGCGCUCCUCAACCGUCUGUGGAGGCCGAUUUUUGGGAGAACACUAGCAAGAAGGGGAAGAAAAGGAAGAACAAGAAGCCCAAGGAGGUUGCACUUUGGGAUGAAAACCCUGCUCACGAAAUACCUUCCCCAGUCGUCCUGCCCCAAGUACAGCCAGACUCCAAUCCCAAUCUUGCGAAUGCUGCCCAGGUCGGCCAGAAGGACAUAUCAGAGCUCGAAAAUGACCGUAUCACCAGUCCGCAGGAAGAAACCGUCAAGGCCGAGACGGCAGCCACUGUUGAAUCCUCGCUGGCCACUGAAGCCAACGCUGACGAUUCGUGGUCCACUCCUACCGCUUCAAAAAUGAGCAAAAAGGCGAAAAAGAAGAAAGAUAAGCAACAAGUUUUCUUAGCCUGGGGUGAAACAGUGAUGCCCGAGAGUGUACCUCAGACACUCGUCGCAAUUCCCGCAGGAACAGCAGCCGACGUCGGCUCGGCGGAGGCUGUCGGACCCGUUGAGGUUCCCAAUCCUGGCAUACCAAAACCCGAAGCCGACGCAAACAUUACCUCUGCUGAACACGCUGACGAGGCGGCCCCCAAGGACGUAAAAUUCAUUCCUGCCACUUCGAAGAAGGACAAGAGAAAGAAGAAGAACACGAAGGAUGUCGCGUCAUCGGAUGAGCCCCAGGUGCCUGAGGUACCGACAGACACCACCAUGGAUGUGGACACCAUGAACGACCACGUUGAUAUUGCCCUUCAUGAACCUUCUGCAGUCCGAGAAGCUGAGGCUGAAGCUCCUCCGAAUGAAUCGAGCGUUUCCAUCCUUGCCAGCGAGCCAACCGCCGAUGAUCCUGAAGAUAUGCGGCCUAUGCCCACCUUUUCUAAGAAAGACAAGAAGAAAAAGCGGAAAAGUCUUCUUCCCGAUGAACCGAUGCUGGUGGAAAAUGAAACAGAAAUACCCACCAAUGCAGAGGAGCUCCAGGCAGAGGUAAAAAUGGAGUCGGAACUUGCAGAAUCUCAGCCAUUCAGCGAAGGUCACGCCUCAAAGCCAGAGCCCAUUCCGGCGGAACCCGUAUAUGUCCCCGUCUCCAAAGGCAGCAAGAAGAAGAAGAAGGACAAGCGGAAAUCUGUGCAAUGGGAGCCAGACGUGCCGGAGAAUAUCAGCGUUCCUGAACAUGAUUCCGCCGAGCCAGCUCAUCACAUUACAGUUGAAGAACCUGCCCUUCAAAGUCCCGAAGAAGUCUUUGCCGAGCCAGAGUCUGUCAGCGUUGUUCCAGAGGUGACAGCUUCUGAUGAAAAAUCACCCGAUUGUUCUCAUCCAAGUUUGUGUUCCACUGCUGGGCUGGUGGCCCCGGAAUCCCUGAUUUUGGCCAGUUUGAGCCAAGAAUAUGACAACAAACCUUCUUCUGAAGAUGUCAGAAAAGUCGUUGUUGACGAGCCACCCUCCCUGGAACAAUGCCACUCAGAACCCCUUUUCUCUCAGGGCGAGGAACCAGUUGAGCCUACACAGGAGACCUACAGUCUUGAGCCAACGCAAGCUGAUGAUCAUUAUUUCGAAAGAAACGAGGGUACAGUUAUGCCUACUUCUGAACCGGUUUUCGAUCAAUCUUCUGUCGUUUUCAAGGCGAAGGGCAAAAAGAGCAAAAAGAAGAAACAAUCAACUGCCUGGGAUUCUAUUGAAAACGAAUUGACCCCAAAGUUGGAGGCUGAUUUACAACUCCCCACCGAAACAUCGGCAGCUGAAGCAGGGAUAGGGGAACCGGAAGCAGUGACUGAGGUAAUUGCCUAUGAAGAAGAACCUCAGGUCGCGACAGUAGAGGAACCGCGAGAGACGUUGGCAGAGGACGAAUGGGCUAUGCCAACCAGCGGCAAAAAGCCCAAGAAGAACAAGAAAAAGGGCAGCAAGUCCACAUCAAUCGUCGACAUAACACCUGUUUCUGAAGUCACUUCCGAUACGAUUGAGACUAUCGUGAUGACAGAGGAACCGGCCAUCGUCGCGGAACGUUCCAAAAACCCUGCGGUUGAUCAACUGGACCCAGAACCAAGCGCAGCUGAAGACUGGCCGCAGGUGACAAGCAAAAAAGGCAAGAAGAAGAAGCGUCAAAGUCAGCUGCUCAGCAUCUUAGAUGAUGAACCUUCAAUCGUUACUGUCCUGGCUGAAACUCCGAAAUCGAUAGAGGUUCCCGAAACCGCAGUCAAUGCCGACGCGGAGUUUGAUGUUCCGAAGAAGGCCAAAAAGUCCAAGAAAAAGGACAUGAUAACCCUUUCCUGGGAUUCUCGUGAGGUGCAGCCGGACGUUGACUCGAAGUCCUCGCCCGCUCAACCGGGGCCUGCCUCUCAAGAGUGUGUGAGGGUGGCCGAGCUUGAUGCCCAACCACCGGAUUGCGACGCUUUUCUGGUCGAGGAUGACCGAGCCUCGAUCGCCGUCUCUGGAGCUGAGCGGGUUAGUGACUCGACAAAAGAUGCGCCUGAAUCUCCACCUGAAAGGACAGCUUUGGAAACUUCUUUGCCGGAUUCAACAGUAACAAAAGCCCCUCCCGUCAAGGAACACGACCAUGACUUCUCGAAAAUGGAUUUGCAGAAGAUGGAAGCAAAGCAAUCUAAAAAUGAGGAGGUCAUGAGACUGGACUCUGCCGACCGCUCAAACAUCAACUCCGAUACGGAUUUGUUUCUUGAAAAGGUGACCUUUGAGCCCUUCGACAGUGCCGUUGAGCAUACUCCAGAAGUGGGCGAAGCAGUAAAAAUAUCCACUUCAGUAGAAGAACCUGCAGUAUCGAAGAGAAGAGAACCAGCUCAGUCAAAAGAGGCCUUAGAGCAGCCGCCAGAGGCAAGUCUCCAUACCGAGUGGGGUGGGUUCAGUCUCAAGCCGUCCAAGAAGGAUAAGAAGAAAAAAAAGGCUAAAGAUGUCGAGUCUACGAUUCUACAGAAAUCCAAAAUGAUGAGCCCCCCGGAAGAGGAGCUGCAGAAACUGGAUUCUCUCGUGGACCGGCUAGAAUCCCAGGAGACUGGCCCUCUGAUUGAGCAGGAAAGUACUCUUGAACCAGAAACCACAAUACAGACUACGAGCCCAGGAGAAUAUGCGACUUGCAAUGAGCCCGAGGCGAAGGCUGAGGAAGAAUGGGGAUUAGGCUUGUCAAAAAAGGAGAAGAAAAAGCUGAAGAAGAAGAAAAUUGCACUUGAAUCUGUGUCAGUUGAAAGCGCAUCUCCAGAAGAUUUGGACAUGGGAAAAUUGGGCCAGCAAGGUAACCUUGCUGUCGACACAGAGGCUUCUAUUGAGAAUUCCAGUGAUCCUCGACAAGUUUGCACCACAGUCGAGGUUGAACAAGAGGUUCCUUGCGACGUCACUGGUGCUGAGGAUUUCAAGGAAGACUUGGGAAAUAUCGAAACCCCCUCCCAAAAGGCAGAGAAAGGCGCAGAUUCGGAUUCAACGGAUUUCCAGAAUGUCUUGACUUCGCGAGUGACGAACACAGCGGUGCAGAUUACCGCCGAUGAAGCUGAGCAGCCAACCACCGAAAGCCAGCCUGCGGCAACCAACACUCAGGUCCAGGAUGAUGAAUGGUCUACAGCCUCCAAGAAAACCAAAAAGGGCAAAAAAAACCGGCGAAGCCAAGUCGAGGCACCUUCAUCGAAGCAGCCAGUAGCCGAGAGCUUGAGCGCACAAUCUCCUGAGAAUUCUCAUACCUUUGCAAUAGCAGACUCCAUGGCAGAUUCACCAAUCCCCAAUCAGCAGGUUCCUGAGCUGACUGUGGCUGUGGAAAAGACUCAGGUCUCAUCUGAUGAACAAGAGACCAGCGGUAUUGGCCUGGAUGCCGAUACUCCAGGUGAUGCCAUUUGCUACGAGCCUGAGGCAACAGAGCUACAAUCUUCGGGCCAGGCAGAGUCUACGAUGCUUGGGACGCUGCCUGCUCCUGGACUGCAAAGUCUCAACACUGCUGGCCCUGACGAAGCUUGGGAGGGCAUUCCAAGAAAACUGUCCAAGAAGGAGAAGAAACACAGGUCACAAACAAGCCAGAUCGAGAGCAUUGUUGAGUCUACCUCGGAAAUACCAAACGAGGAUCCUGCGCUUUGUCCCGAAUCGAUUGACGUUGAAGCAUCUGGAGUCCCUGCAGGUGAGCAAGGGAUGACGGCGUCCACCGAGGAUGUCGCUCACGAGUCGUCGGAGUGGAUUUCUUCAAGUAAAUCAAAGAAAGGCAAAAAGGGAAAGAGACUCGCCUUGGCAGCAGCUGGGGUAGCAACAGCUACUAUUGUUGCCGACGUUUUAAACAAAUGCGUUGAGGAGGAGGCUGUAUUGCCAAAGGUCGAUGAUGCGCUUUCGAGGACCGAGCCUCUGGGCGCAUGGGCCGAUGAGAUGGACAACGUUCAACCGAUAAUCCAGGCUGAACCAUCCACUGCGGAACAAAACACCCUGCGGGAGGACGAUGGAGUUGGCUUCGAGAUUCCUCCAAAGAAAGCGAAGAAAGGCAAGAAAGGACGAGCGAGUCUAAGCCCUGCCGAAUUGAGUUCAGAGAAAACGGCCAUCUUGUCGGGCCCAGAGCGAACUUCCGAAGUGGCAAUUCCAGAAACCGAACAACCAGGGCUUGGCGGUGAAAAUGUACCCUGUGAUGUGGAUGCUACUGGGCAGGGGAGCACGUCACAAAAUCUUGGAGGUUUCACAACAGUCGAAGCAGACUCCGAGUGGGCCAUGCCGGUGAAGAAAAAGGGAAAGAAAGGCAGGAAGGGCAAGGGUGGCAGCUUGGGGAUGCCGGCCGAUGACGCAGAUGUGCCCUCACAGGCAGAGACAAUUGCACCUGCGACAGAAGAUGCGAUGCCCUGUGCCGAUGAUAUUAUCGAGAAUACCCCUACCCAGAAUCAGCCGGAGCCGAUUGACGACAGUGGGACUUGGAGAAUCGUUGCGAAUGACACUGAUGAGGGCGAAGCUGGUGGCAUGGGCCGCGGAGACACCACCUCAGCAGACGAUUCCAAACCCUUUGAGCCUGAGCCAGUCACGACGCCCAAAGAUGUCGCAGAGACACCUAUGUCUGAGCCAAUCACCGAGCCCGCUCAUGAACAGCCUAUACCCUUGGACAUGCAAACCGAGGACGCUCCUAUGGACAACGACUGGGGACUUGCAGUAAAAACCAAGGGCAAAAAGAACAAGAAGGGCAAGCAAGGAAGCAAUGUCGUCGCGCCGGCCAAUGAUGACGAAACGACAACUCAUACCAUGCCGAUAGAGUCCACAACAAAUGAUAUCGAGGAACAGCUGCCGGCCGACUUAACUACUGAGAUAAUUGUUGAACAGAAGGCAUCCUUGGAUAUGCGGGCUGAAGACGCUCCCAUGGAUGACAACUGGGGUGUCUCGGUAAAAACAAAGGGCAAGAAAAACAAGAAGAGCAAGCAAGGCAGAGGUAUCAUCACACAGGCCAAUAAAGAUGAGACGGUUGCCGAGCCUGCGCCAACAGAGCUAAAAGAGUCCACGGAGGACAUCGAGAAGCCGCCCAACAUGGAGCCAAACUCUGAGAUCGUCGUUGAAGAGCCCGCAGAAAAUGCCGAGAAACAGCCUCCCGUGGAGCCUCUGGUUGAAACCGUUGUUCUAGAGUCCACAGACGAUACCAAGAGACAGGCGCCUAUGGAGCCAACCGCGAAAACGGUUGCUUCAGAGCCCACAGAGGAUGCCACAAAACACGACCUCCUGGUCCCAAUCUUCGAAACCCUUGUCGAACAAGAUUCUUCAAACAUUGACGACUCCCAGGUGCCACCUCAAGCCGAAGCCGCCGUUGCUGAUGAUGAUUGGGCACUUCCUACCAAGAAGAAAGGCAAGCGAACUACAAAAAAGGACAACACCAGAAGUAGCACGAUGACGCCUGGGCUGGAUGACAAGUCCACUUCUAUCGAAAGUCCGUCCCCAGAAGUGACAGAUCGAUCUUUGUCGGCUCCCGAGACUGUUGGGCCCGCCGAUGUUGAAAAUCUCGUUGAAUCGAAUGCCCAACAGCCAACACCUCCGAACGAUAUUCAAGAUGAAUGGUCCAUGCCCGUGAAGAGGAAGAGCAGCAAGAAGAAAAAGGGUGGCAAAAGCGUACGAUUGUCCUUUGCGGCGGAGCCCGCUGCGGCCCUGGAUGAGACCAUUCCGCCGGAGGUGUCUCGCUCGAUGGAGAAUGUACCCGGAGAUUCUGCUGGCGAGUCAGGUGGCGCCAAGUCCGAUGCGCAGACGGUCGUUCAUGACGAUCAACCGCAAUACGCUGGAGACGCAAUCAGUGUGAACCCUUGGUGCGAUGUCAUCACCGCGUCCAAGUCUAGAGAGCCAGAAGAACCAAUUACGUCGGACGAAACCCUGGUCCCGAUUGAGGUCAACCCGGUCGACGCCCACCUUGCUUCAACCCAAGCAAUGGAUAUAGGUUCUUUUGAAAACGACUCUUCCCAGAGAGAAAUGAUAGCUGUGGAACAGCAGGAGGUUGCUGAAACCGUACCCGUGGCCAAGAAUGCAUGGACAUCUCAUAUUGCGUCUGAAGGCGGCACGGUGGACGAUUUCGCAGCGGGCGAGGUUGAGACGGAGCCCCCACCGACUGCAAAACCAACAGGCUACACAGACAGGAAUUUCGACGAGGCUUGCAACGUUGAAUCCGGAUCUCUCGCCAACACGGUUCCGAGCUCAAGCGCGGAAGGGCCUGCCAACCCGGGGGCGGACGCGUUUGAUGAUGUUUGGGAGAGCGACCCCAGGCUGCCUGGAAACAGCACUAGGGUUCCCGAUAUGAGCACUAUCGCUGAAAAAGAGAUUGCCCUGGAAAUUUCGGUGGAUGAGCUGCUCAGCAAAGACCCUCCUGAAGAGCCCGAUGCGGGCAGCAGCAAGAGUUUCACAGCCAUCAGUGGCGCCGCUGGUGGAAUAGGGCCGCUUGUGGAAAAGUUUGGAGGCGGAAAGAAAAAGAAAAAGAGCAAGCAAAAGAAGAUUGUGGACAAGAGACAAGCGCGAGAAGACGACAUAUUUGACGACCCGGAAUUAUGGGAGAGCGCAGAUAAAAAGAGCUUGCGGACGGCACCCUGCGACGACUGCGACGACGGCAUGGCUGGCGCCGUUAGCAGCGAGGAGCCGAGAAAGGCGGCGAAGGACCCGGUUACGACGGUUGAGGAAACCUCUGCAGAGAAGGCUGCGCUGGAAAUGGGUGAAUGGACGGCCCUCGCGACGGCGCCGCCUGCCGGUCUGCUCCGCCGAAGUCCCGAUGCCGAGGAACCGAUGGGUGGGCUCUUGAAGGAGCUGAGCAGGGCGUCGCCCGGCCUGAGCGAGUACAAGAGGUCACCGUCGCGUGCGCUACCGGUAGUUCAGGAGGUGCCCGAGGCAGAGGCGGAAGCGGUCAAGCCCAGCUUUGGGACGAUGGCCGAGGUCAAACGUGACAGCGGGUUUGCGGCCGAGCCGGCGAGCCCGCAGCUGGGUACGGGCAACUUGUUGAGUGAGGGACAGCAGCGAGACAGCGGCAUCCACACGGACGACUGGCCCGAAGAGAUGGACAUGACGCGCACGCCGGAGCCGGCGAAGACGAAGGGGAGGGAGGUGCGGUCAUCGCCUUUCGGGACGCCGGUGCUACGGGAGGGAACUCCGGUGCUGCGGGAGCCGGCAGCGGCAGAGGCGACGCCCGAACCGGAGAAGAAGAAGUCGACGAAAGGCAGGAAGCAAAAGGACUAUGGCGAGCUCGGCGGCCGCGUGACGGAAGCGACGGGUGCCACGGCGGUGCGUGGAGGGGCAGAGAGGGAAGCCGAUUCCGGCGCCGAUUCGAUGGCGGGGCCGCGCCGUUCCGCGUCCAACACCAGCCUCCCGCUGUCCCGUCAUCGGACGCCUGAGCCACAGCGAUUUGAGGCGGAGGCUCCAGGCAUCACCCGGGCGACGUCGACCCCCGCACUGACCCCCACACCCCCACUUCGGCGGGUGGACAAACGUAUGAGCGGUGACCUGCGAGCUUUACGUCAACAAAGCGGCAGCAAAAGUCCGACCCCAGCCGGCGUCGCAUUCACCACAACCGCGCAGGAGGCGGACAAAGUUGAGGAGAAGCAGGAUCCCGGGGCCAACGAGCUACCGCCUGUCGCGAACGAGAGCCGUGUCCGGUCCACGCAGGUCCCGGCCGUCGAUGACGGCGACAUGACCGACGUCUUCAACGGCUACGGCGAGGGUCGCAUCGGCUCGCCGAGGUCGCCGACGAGGCCUCACAGCAUGCGGCGCCGCCAGAGCAUGCAGGUUCUCGAGCUCGAGUCCCGCGUCGAUCAGCUGCUCGUCGAGAACCGAUUGCUGAUGGAGGCACGCGCGCAGGCCGAGCAGAACCUCGGCCAGAGCCAUCGCGCCGCCUCGGCCCUCUCGGAGCGCGACGCCGAGAUCGAGACGCUCCGCCAGUCGCUCCAGUUCCUCCAGAACGAGGUCCACCGCCUCGCCGAGGUCAACGAGGGCCUCGCCAGCGCCAACGCCGAGCUGGCCUCCAAGGACACGGUCCGCCACGCCGACCUCGAGCUGAGCCACGCGACCGUCACCCGCGAGUUCGAGGAGGCCCGCGGCCUGCACACCCAAACCCUGCAGGAGAAGGAGGCGGAGAUUGCCGACCUGCGCGCCCAGCUCGAGGAGGCGAAGGAGCAGAUUCGCGAGAUGCAGCGCAAGAUCCUCGAGGACAAGGCCGGCGACGAGGGCUUCCUCGUCAUCCGCGACGAGGACCACUUCGACACGCGCUGCCAGCAGCUCUGCUCCCACAUCCAGCAGUGGGUCCUGCGCUUCUCCAAGUUUUCCGACAUGCGCGCCUGCCGCCUCACGAGCGAGAUCAACGACGAGAAGACCAUCGACCGGCUCGACAACGCCGUCCUCGACGGCUCCGACGUCGAUUCCUACCUCAACGACCGCGUCAAGCGCCGCGACAUAUUCAUGUCCAUGACCAUGACCAUGAUGUGGGAGUUCGUCUUCACCCGCUACCUCUUCGGCAUGGAUCGGGAGCAGCGCCAGAAGCUGAAGUCGCUCGAGAAGCUUCUGACCGAAGUCGGGCCCGACGUCGCCGUCCGUAAGUGGCGCGCCGUCACCCUCACCCUCCUGUCCCGGAGGGAGAGCUUCAAGGAGCAGCGCGACCUCGACACCGAAGCCGUCGUCCAGGCCAUCCUCCAGACCCUGUGCAAGAUUCUCCCGCCGCCGAGCAACCUGGAGGAUCAGAUCCAGUCCCAGCUGCGCCGGGUCAUGCAGGAGGCUGUUGAUCUCUCCAUCGAGAUGCGCACGCAGCGCGCCGAGUACAUGAUGCUGCCCCCCCUGCAGCCUGAGUACGAUGCCGACGGCGAGCUCGCGGCGACCGUCCAGUUUGACGCGUCGAUGAUGAGCGAACGAAGCGGCAAGGUGUCCGCCACAAAUGAAGAACUGGAGGCCCAGGGGGCCGUUGUGCGCAUCGUGCUCUUCCCCUUGGUCAUCAAGCGGGGAGACGAUGGCGGCCACGGAGACGAAAAGAUUGUCGUGUGCCCGGCGCAGGUGCUUAUCGCGCGCGACAACGGCAACCGACACAUGACUCCAUCCAGCGACGUCGGCGGUGCAUCGCUCGGGGCGCCGAGCCGUGUCAGCGUCGUGACGGAAGCCAUGUGGCCGCCCGACAACGCCGAGCAACGGGAGGGGGCCUUCUAG